ACUAGCCCUACCCACGAUAUAAUUUAGCACAGAAAGCCUUGUUCGUGUGCGUGUUACUGUUUGUAUUCACAGCUUUCCUGCGAUUGUGUGAUCGUGUCAGCCAGUAGAAUCGUGCCCAGAGGUACAGCAGUGUUGGAACUUGUCAUUGUGCAAACAAGGAGGCCACAGAGAGCGUAGAGGUCCACCAUGGGUUGCUGCGAUAACUUGAGUCCAGAGCGAAAGCACACUAUCUGCAGAAAGCUGCUCUGUACGGGGAUGUUCAUUUCUGUGGCACUGAUCAUCAUGCUCGGGAUUCUCAUUGUCAAACCUGCCAUCUACGGUCGAGCGUUCAAACCAACAACAUGUACAGUCACCAGUGCUGACUAUAAGAAUCCGGUGGACUGUAGCUGUGGACGAAACUGCUACACGCAGAUGCCAUGCCUGGUCGUCAUGGUAACCUACCACGACAGGAAGAACGGCUCGGCGACCGGAAUGAUCCACGAUGACGAAGGGGAGCUGGACCAGUGGAGCAUGUGUUCGUACCACAGCUGCAGCCGUAGCGAGGAGCUGAACUACGACGCUGUGAGCCGGUUUGAGGAGAAAUACGGACAAGUUGGGCAAACCUACUCCUGCUUCUACAACCCUGGGAAGGAAAAUGAGGUUCUGUUGAGGAAGGACUAUGGCUCCAUGACGAUUUUCCACGUGAUGUUCUGGCCCUCGCUGCUCCUGGCCUGCCUGAUCGCGACCAGCUGCGUCAUCUGUGCAAAGUACCAGUGCUGGCUGGACGAGGACGACUCGCCUUCGAGCAACUACAACAGGUUUGGGGUCCCCGCUUAGGAGAGGCAGGGAUCGCUGUGAAAAUGUAUGUGGGUAAAGGCCCUUCUGUAUGUAUCCAGAACCAUACUGUACGUAAACCAUACUCAUGCUUUAUCCAGAACCCAGCUAUAUCCAGAAAUCUGCUAUAUCCAGAACUGUCCUAGAUUCAGAACCAUGAUGAGGAUGACUCACCUUCUAGUAACUACAACAGGUUUGGGGUUCCUGUGUAGAAAGGGAAGGGAUUGCUAUGAAAAUGUAUGUGGGUAAAGGCCCUUCUGUAUGUAUCCAGAACCAUACUGUACGUAAUCCAUAAUCAUGCUUUAUCCAGAACCCAG